AUGUCCAAGAAGGAUGUGGCGUGUUUCUGGAUCAUACUGCUCCUGUGCCAAGAGCUACGGACCGACCCGAUCGCAGAGAUGGGACCAUCCUCCAGCAUCCUGAUUCAAGAGACACCAGGGUUCAUCUUGACCGAGAAGAGGAUCCUGACUUGACGUGUAUUCGUCAGCUUGGACCCCAAGAUUUCCAUCGAGAAGGCAUACAACAUUUCAUCGAUGCAGCUUCCUGAGUUACAGACUUGGUACCAGAUGCACCUCCAAAGAGCACAGGACCGUGUGCGAAAUAUCUUGGAGCAAGCCCGGAAACCAUUUGUAUCCAGUUCUAUUCCGAUGAGCAACCGACCCAAAAGGUUCCUCACCGCUAUAAUUGUUGCAUUAGUUUGUGCCACUGUCGGUGCAGUUGUCGCAACUGGAAUGUCUGCAGCCAACUCUAUUACUGUCCAAAAGCUGGAUAUGGAAAUCUAUGCGCUAAAGCAACACAUUAACGAUAUUCAUCAGGUGAUACAACAGCAAAGAACACUUCUCCAAGACGUGUUAACUAUUGUGGAAGACACAGUUGUUACAACAAAUUUGCAUUAG